AUGGCUAUAGAAAAGGGCAUCGCUCACCGUUCGGGCGUUUUCAAACAAUCAAACAAAGAGCACAAACACGGCAGGCACCGUUCCAAAGGCUCCAUUAGCGUAUCCAAUAAAGGAAAAGUAUCGGUGAAAACCAUUUCGAAGCGCAACAAACGCGAAUUGAACAGAGAGCAACGGCGAAACCAAGCGCUGCAAAUCAGACAAAAUAAAAGAGAUGAAGUUUUGGAUAAAAAGAGGUCCCUAGGGGGUACGGAUUUCGCUCCUUUUUUGGUUUGCCUUGUCCCUUUAAACAUCGACAUCGAUCCCAACACUGCGUUAGCUUUAUUAAGCCAAUGCGACGAAGAUGCAGCAGUUUCUAAAAGCUCCACCGGCGUUACACACAUUAGUAUACCGAGAUUCAAGCAACGAUUCGAGUUCGUAAUACCCGAUAGAGACCACGAUUUUGCCGUAUUGGAUACACUAAAAAUCGCAGAUACUGUCCUGUUUCUGAUAUCAGCUGCGACAGGAUUGCAGGACCAGGAAGCUCUGAUAGACGCCUGGGGAAAUAAAGUGUUGACUUCUUGUUUCGCUCAGGGUUUACCUACACCGGUGGUUGUCGUUACUGAUCUGGCUAGUGUAGCGCCUAAAAAGAGAAACGAGCACAAGCAAAACAUUCAAAAAUUGGUGAACAAAUGGCUGCCCGAUGAGAAGAUUUUCGUCAUGGAGAAGAACGUUGAUGCUAUUAAUGUGCUUAGGAAAAUUGGUAAUCAGAAGCGAAAAUCAGUAUUGUAUAGAGAUCGAAGACCUCAUUUAUACGGCGAAGAGUUGGAGUAUAUUCCCGAUGCAGAAGGAACAUUAGGUACACUCAAAGUAACAGGCUAUUUAAGAGGAACAAACCUAUCGGUUAACCAAUUAAUCCAUAUUCCUGGGUUAGGCGAUUUCCAAAUGACUCAAAUCGAUGCACCGUUCGAUCCCCAUAAAAUCGAAAAGAAGAACAAAGAAACAACCAGUUUGGAAACGGAGAAUCCCGAUGUGAUAAGAAUAUUGGAAAAAUGCGAUCCCACCCAACAAGAAUCCCUCGAUUCCGAGAACGUUCCCGAUCCGAUGGACGCCGAACAAACCUGGCCCAACGAAGAAGACAUGGAAAUGGCGGAGAAGGAGCAAAAAGUGAAAAAAGCGAAGAGGGUUCCGAAAGGUUGGUCCGAUUACCAAGCAGCUUGGAUUCCCGACGAAGACGCCGAAUUCGUCGACGAAUCCGAUGGAGAGGAAGAGGAUGAUGAUGAAUUUAUGGAAGCGAUGUCCGAGGAAAAGUCCGAUGAUGAAGAUUGUAACGAUUUUAAUACGGUCACCGAAUCUGAGGUGGCUGUAAAUGAUGAACGGUACGAUAAAGACAUGGACGAGCAGGCGGAAAAGCGGGAAUUGGAGAAAAUUAAAGCCGCUAAAAGCGAUAGGGAGUUUCCCGACGAGGUCGAUACACCUUUGGAUACGACUGCUAGCGUUCGGUUCCAAAAGUACAGGGGUUUGGAAAGUUUUAGAACCUCUCCGUGGGAUCCGAAAGAAAAUCUACCAAGCGAUUACGCUAGGAUAUUCGAAUUUCAAAACUUUGAUCGCACUAAAAAGAGGGUGUUGAAAGAACAGGAAGAUAAAGAUGGCGUUUUGCCUGGAUGGUAUAUUACGGUGCACGUGAAAGCGGUAUCUCAGCUUUUGUGGCAGAAUUUCGUUGAAACUAAAGCUCCUGUGACUGUAAUCGGGAUGUUUUCAUACGAACAUAAAAUGUCCGUUUUGAAUGUUGUGUUAAGAAGAAACCAAAAUUACGAGUUGCCCAUUAAAUCGAAAGAACGUCUAAUCUUCCAAUGCGGUUACAGAAGGUUUGUUGUCAGCCCGAUUUUUAGUAGUCAUACUAACGGUAAAAAACAUAAGUUUGAAAGAUAUUUUCAACCGGAUUCCACUGUAGUUGCCACUUUUUAUGCACCGAUUCAAUUCCCUCCGGCUCCGGUUUUGUGCUACAAGGAAAUUAAUAAUCGAUUAGCUCUCAUCGCUAAUGGAAAUUUGCUGUCUUGUAAUCCCGAAAGAAUGGUUAUUAAGAGAAUAGUUUUAUCAGGUUAUCCAUUUAAAAUACACAAAAAAUCGGCAGUCAUCCGGUUUAUGUUCUUUAAUAGAGAAGACAUCAUUUAUUUCAAACCGGUGAAAUUGAGGACGAAAAUGGGCCGAACAGGACACAUUAAAGAGCCUCUAGGCACACAUGGACAUAUGAAAUGCAUAUUCGAUGGACACCUCAACUCGCAGGACAGCGUCCUGUUGAAUCUUUACAAACGCGUUUUUCCCAAAUGGAGUUACGAAGAUCUCAUCGUAAGUUGUAUCGGAGACAACAUGGAAAGUUAA